AUGGACAGCUACCAGCGAAAGAUUGGAUGCUUCAUUCACAUUCCUAAUGUAGGACGUGGUCAACUCAAAUAUGUGGGUGCUGUUGAGGGCAAACCGGGUACUUUUGUAGGUGUGGACUUGCUUGCAAAUAUUGGUAAAAACGACGGUUGUUUCCAAGGAAAACGGUAUUUCGAGACUGAAUAUACUCAAAGUGGGCUUUUCAUCCAGCUCCAGAAAGUGGCUGGUCUCAUAGAUGCAGUUUCCUCGGGGAGCGUUUCGAGACGUACGACUUUCGGAGAAACAUAUGCAGGAGGAGAUACUAGAUCUGUAGACGGAAGCAUUGCGAAAUCACCCACCCCCAUGCGACGUAGCUCAAGGCACAGUUCGACUACAUUUUCAGAUGUUAUGGAGGUAGAUGGCGACGAAAGACGUCAAAGAAGCUCUAGCUCCAAGGAAAUGAACCAAAUGAAUCGUAGCAGUGGUCUAGAGAUUAGGCUGCAACAGCAAACACAGGAGCUGCUACAAUGUAAAAAAUUGCUGAGCGAUCAGCAGCUCGUGUUGGAAGAGAUACAUCCGGCAAUUGACGACUACGAGUCUAAGCUGCAGCGGAUGGAGUCUCAAAUAGUCACACUAGAAGCACAACUGGCAAAGGAACGCGAAACGCUAACGAGACAGAAACAGUAUUUCGAAACCGAACACGAGCAAUUGCUCUCAGUGGUCGAAGAGCUUCACACUGAGAUCCGUGAGAACGAAAGGCGAAUGCUAGAGCAGCACCAAGUAGCUCCCCCUCAACCACCUUCGCUGCCGACGGACUCGACCAUAGCUGAGCUGCAAGGAGAAAACGAUGCGUUGCGCGAGGAAAUAGAGGAACUCAAGGGUCGUACAACGGAUCAGGAUAGAGCGGCAGUGAAGUGGCAAAAAGAGCGCGAUCAGCUGAAGCUGCAAGUCGAGUCCCUCAGUUCAGAGUACAAGUACGUUUCGCAAGAACUGCAAGAAUCUUUGCAACAUCAGGAGCAAACUCAAGCUGCCCUUGAAAAAGAACAGGCUCGAUCACAGGCGUCCAGUCUGGUCGCCGCACAAGAACCCAAUCCACAGGUCGAAAAACUAAAACUACAGCUGGCCACGGCGAAUGCCAAGAUCCACACUUUGGAUUCCUCCUCCACUAGACCCAAUACACCAGCGUUAACAAUGGCAUCCGAUCACACAGAACAGGAUACUGAACCCGACACCAAGACGGAACCCGAUUCUCUGCCUUUAUACGUACCCAAGAAAGCGGACCGGGCUGCAGGACGUCACAAAUGGUGCGCGUUAUGCGAAAGAGAUGGCCACAACAGUGUCGAUUGUCCUUUCGAGAACGAGCAGCUCUUCUAA